AUGUCAUCUUUGUUUGUAGAUAAGAUAAAAUGUCACCAAACGAUGCUACAAAUGAAGAGAACUCGCAUGGUUGUGCUUUUACUUUCAGGGGCCGUCAAUAUGUUGAUUACUAUAGGAGUUCCAAUUACGGGGUCCUUUUCGUGGAUUUAUUCCAUUAUUUCUACUGAUUUGCUGGCCACUACUCUGGAGCACAACUCCACUGCAGUUGAAGCAUGGAAUCAUUUGGCAGAUUUUUUCCAGGAUAAUCAAAACGCUCGUGUUGCCACUCUUGAUGUCUCUAAUUACUAUCAACAUCUUAAGAUGCUCUCUAACCAGUUGAGAAAUGUUUUCUUGCCUAUCAACAAUCAUUGUAUGGUUCUUCAACUGAUAUUUGGUCUUCCAGAAGUGUAUCAUAGUGUUGCCACCUUGAUUCGCCUAAGUAAUCCUCUUCCUACAUUCUAUCAGGCUCGCUCCAUGCUUACCUUAGAAGAAGCUGAUAUGGCUAAAAUGGAAAGCAUCGACCCUCAUGCUGCCAUGCACACCACUCAACAUCAACCUUUUGAAGACACCUUUCAGCGUGGCAAUUUUCGCUCUGAUAAUCGCUCUUGCAGCAACCAGGGCUGUGGAGGGGACGUGGUAACCAUAAUGGACCUAAUUAUGGAGCUCCCAGUGCCCUUCCUUCAUGGUCUUCUCCUUAUUGGCAGCAGCUACAGUAGUACCCAGCUUAGCAACCAUGGGGUUGAACUCCGCCACCAUGGGCUAUACCUUUGUAUAUGGAUCCCUAUCAUGAUAUGUGACAACCAUGGCGAUCUAUAUCCAAUCACCACUCCCUCCAGUUUUAUCGGUCUUACAUCUAGUCUCUAG